AUCAUAUCAGAAUCAUAUUAGCAUUGUAAACAGCUUCAACUACUAUACUAUAUCUUCCUGAAGUUCUUCUCAUCAUUUAGAUCAUAUUAAUCAUGGCUUUUAUCAGUUUGUCAACAAUCAUAUUUCCAUUUAUGGUUCUAGCUAUUUUGUCAGCAAAAAGUAGUGUAAUGAUUGUCGAGGCACGCAAACUUCUAGAGUUAGAGACGCCUCAGCUCCCAAAUCUUGAUUUGCCACCUCUACCAAAGCUUGAGUUUCCUACGGUUCCUGAAUUACCUAAGCCAGAAAUUCCUAAAGUACCUGAGUUACUAAAACCCGAACUGCCUAAGGUUCCUGAAUUACCUAGGCCAGAAAUUUCUAAAGUAUCUGAGUUACCAAAGCCCGAGCUGCCUAAGGUUCCUCAAUUACCUAAGCCCGAAAUUCCUAAAGUACCUGAGUUACCAAAACCCGAGCUUCCUAAAGUUUCUGAAUCACCUAAGCCAGAAAUUCCUAAAGUACCUGAGUUACCAAAGGCUGAGCUGCCUAAGGUUCCUGAAGUACCUAAGCCAGAAAUUCCUAAAGCAUCUAAGUUACCAAAGCCCGAGCUGCCUAAGGUUCCUGAAUUACCUAAGCCAAAAAUUCCUAAAGUACCCGAGUUACCAAAACUCGAGCUGCCUAAGGUUCCUGAAUCACCUAAGCCAGAAAUUCCUAAAGUACCUGAGUUACCAAAACCCGAGCUGCCUAAAGUUUCUGAAUUACCAAAGUCAAAAAUUCCUAAAGUACCUGGGUUACCAAAAUCCGAGCUACCUAAAAUUCCAGAAUUGGCUAAAAUUCCUGAAAUUCCUAAACCUGAACUUCCCAAGGUCAAUAUCCCAAAACUACCCAAACCUGAGCUACCUAAAUUCUCUGAAAUGCCUGAAGCUGUUCCAACCACUACUCCAUAAAUUUGAACGAAUUCUUUCAUUUGUAUUAUCUCAAGUCAUAUAUAGUUUUCUACUCUAUAGUGCUUAGCUUGUGUUGUAUGAUGGGUGUGAUAUGAUUUAUACACUUUUAUUCAGUAUUUUAUGUGUAGACUACAGUCAUAGGGAGUGAUGUUAUGGUUCAGUUUGAACCUUAUUAGAUUACAUAUUGAUUUUCGCUUGAGUUUGUUUAAAUCGAUUGUACUCAAUUUUA